AUGCUGAAGAGCUACUACGCUACAAAUGUCGCUAUUCUGGUUGACUCUGCUUUAUUACUAGUGACCGCGGCCGCAGCCCUCUGGCUCUGCGUUCUCGAACAGAGCAGGGGCAUCAAUUCUCCAAGUGUCAUUCUGGCGUACCUCGCAUGUUCAUUGACCAGAGACCUUUUAGAGCUACGAUUUGUAGGCUGCUCAAGCACCGGGACCUGCUUUUUCAUCAGAUCCAGGAUUGUCGUGGAGGGAAUCUGGCUGACUUCGCAUCUAUGGGUCAAAUAUUUCCUCUCGCAUCAUUCCCAAGAAUCCAUUUCCACACCGGAAGAAGCAGCGGGUAUUUUUGGCCAAGUGUUCUUCCGGUGGAUGCAUCCAGUUCUAAGGGAGGGAUAUAGCGCGAGGUUGAAUCUCACGAGUUUACCGGAGAUCGACCAACGACUUUUAUCGAAAGGUUUACGAAAGCGAGUUUUGACUUAUUGGGCCAGAGAAUCCAAUCUUCACACAAAAUGGACGCUUCCAUGCGCAUUAGGGAGGUGUCUCAAGGGUCCAUUUUUGUUACCGUUACUUUCACGCGGAUUUCUCAUCUUAUUCACAUACCUGCAGCCCAUCUUUAUUGGAACCGCGAUACGAUUUGUCAAUGGCGCAUCUCAGUCCAUUCUCGGUGGAGAUAGUGGCCUUAGAUUGAUGCUUUUUGCUACAACGGUGUAUAUGGGAAUAGCGGUGUCGGCGGCAAUCUACCAACAUCAAAUCAAUAGGCUGCGCGUUAUGGUUCGGGGAGCAUUGAUUGGUCUCAUUCACCACCAGUCUCUUAAUUUGCCAAAUGAGAAAUCUCAAGACUCAUCCGCAUUGGCAUUGAUUAGCUCAGAUAUUGAUAGCAUCGACUCUGUGGGUGAGAUUUUCCACGAGACCUGGGCCCGCCUGGUAGAGGUAGCUACUGGGACAGUGCUCCUGGCCGCUCAGAUCCGAUGGUUCGCAUUUUUACCAGUGAUAAUAAUCUUCGUGUGUUCGCGGAUGAGUGCGUAUGUUGCAAAGCACUUGGAGAAUCGGCAGAAAGGCUGGAACGCGGCAACGCAGAACCGUCUUGCCGCCACAACAGCAGCUAUAGAAGGAAUCAAGAGCUUAAAGAUGAUGGGGAUGGAAGAUGCAAUCCAGUCUCAGGUCUUGCAUCUGCGAAACAAUGAGAUCCAAACGUCAAAGCGCCUACGAUGGAUUCUGGUAGCCUACAACGCAAGUGCAAAUGCACUUGGGAUCCUCGCUCCAGUCUUGACUCUCAUUCUCUUCCUCUUGUCCUCUCAAAGCGAUGGAAUGCAUGCCGAUCAAACCUUUACAGUCCUUGCUCUUCUAGCCAUGGUGACACAUCCAGCCAACAUGGUCAUGACUCUCAUUCCACAGGCCAUUUCUGUUAUGGCAAACUUUGAUCGUAUCCAGGCUUUUAUUAGCCAAACGUCCAUCCAAGACGCGCGAGAAGUCUCCCAGGGAGGCAGUCCUCAACAAUUCAUUUCAAUGCAAGCCCUAACGGUAGCACCUCCUCCAUUAUUCCAUCCCAUACUCCGUGAUGUCGAUUUGGCGAUCACCAGAGGGGAAAUUGUGACUUGCGCUGGUGCCGUUGGAAGUGGGAAGACAACUUUAGCAAUGGCUGUUCUCGGAGAAGCUACUGCUACCGCUGGUUUGAUCUCCCUGUCCUCUAAGGAGAUUGCAUAUUGCGCUCAAGAGCCGUGGCUGCCUAGCGUCACUAUUCGUGAAGCUAUAUCAGGACAUCCCAUUGGCCUAGAUAUCGAAUGGUAUAAUACUGUGAUCGAAGCCUGCGGCUUGGUGCCGGAUUUCCAUUCAUUUGUGGCUGGUGACAUGGCACUGAUAGAGAACAAUGGAAUGAAUCUCUCUGGGGGACAAAAACAGCGUAUAGCUUUGGCAAGAGCAGUCUACUCGAAAUAUAGAAUGCUUGUCCUAGAUGAUCCGUUCAGUGCUCUUGAUGAAGCUGUUACAGGUCACAUCGUGCAAAGGCUGUUGGGCCCACGAGGUCUGUUUCGAAAAAUGGCGACUACAGUGCUUUUGAUCAGUAACUCUAGAGAAAUCUUUUCAAUUUCAGAUCGAGUCCUACUCCUUCAUAAUUCAAAGCUCCAUCACCAAAUGCACCUUCAAGAUCCGAAAGCAGCUUUCGGAGUUCUUCCAUUGCCUUCAAAGAUCUCCCACACCCUCGAUCCAUCAAAUGACUCUGGAGCGCUUGGAAAGAGCCGGAAACUACAUCUAAGCGAUGCUGAAGAUGAUACCUCCCGGAGGACUGGAGAUAUUGCAAUAUAUGGGUAUUACAUUAACGCAAUCGGCCGAUCUAACACACUUCUUUUGAUUGUCUGUACGGCUGGUUUCUCAUUUUGUUCUACAUUUGCUCAGUAUGUUCUCAAAUGGGCGACAGAAUCGCCUAGAGACAGAUUGAAAAUUUAUAUGUCUCUCUAUGCCACAAUAUCGUUCAUCGGAUGGGUGGCAACUAGUGGGACUGUAUGGGCCGCUCAAAUGAAAGUUGCUAUCAGGUCAGGCGCAUUUUUACACGCACAACUUCUUGAUCGAAUCUUUAAGGCGCCUUUGUCUUACAUCACUAAAACUGAUAUCGGUACCAUUGUGAACAGGUUUGGACAGGACAUAAAUCUCGUGGAUAAGCAACUUCCUCCAACGCUGGCAAAUCUCAAUACCCAAAUCUUUAAGAUUUUAAUGCAGUUGGUGCUACUCUUAAAGAUCCGACCAAUGAUGAGUCUCACUGUGCCUGUCUGCGCCAUAUGCGUUUAUUUCAUCCAACGGGUUUAUCUUCGGACAUCUCGACAGCUACGCUUCCUUGAACUAGAAUCAAAAUCAUCAUUGUUCACGAACUUUAUAGACACGGCAAAUGGCAUUGUUACAAUUCGAGCGUUUGGGUGGAAAGAAAAAUUCCAGAAAGAGAAUGUGCAAGCCUUGGACCUGUCACAAAAGCCUUUCUAUCUCCUCCUCUGCCUACAGUGCUGGCUAAAGAUGAUACUGGAUUGUAUUAUAACAGGGUUUGCAGUUGUUCUGAUUGCGUUCACCAUCUCUUAUCGAAACACCACAGCCGGUGCGGAUCUUGGUUUGGCUCUGAACUUGAUAAUCGUCGCAAACACCACGCUACUAAAGCUUGUACAAGCCUGGACAUCCUUUGAGACAUCCUUAGGGGCGAUUGCUCGAUUAAAGAGCAUACAAGACUCUCUGCCAACUGAAGACAACACUGAGCAUACUUUGGAUCCUGGCCUGCGAUGGCCCUCUAUUGGAAACCUGCACGUCAACGACGUGUCAGUCGGUUAUUCAAAGUCAUCGCUCCUUGCCCUACGCAAUGUGUCCUUCGUCGUCAAGCCUGGACAAAAAACCGUUGUUGUGGGUCGAACAGGGAGUGGUAAAAGUACAUUGAUGCUUUCCUUGCUACAACUUCUCGGACCCGGUGAGGGCUCUACGUUCAUCGACGACAUCAACCUCACGCAUGUGUCACCGAGAACGGUGCGAAAACGUGGUUUCAUUGCAGUGCCACAAGAUGGCUUGACAAUUUCAACGGCCAGUCUACGCUUUAAUCUAGAUCCUUAUCACACGAGCUCAGAGCAAGAAAUAUCCCUGAGUCUCCAAAGGACUGGUCUUUGGGAUAAGAUCCAUUCAAUAGCCGGUUCGGCCGAGAAGGCAGGGGCGAGUCUCAAAAUUCGAAGCCUGCUCGAUCUUCCUAUGUUGUCAUUUCUGCCAUUCUCAGCUGGACAAUUACAGUUACUUGCCUUAAGCCGAACACUGCUACGAGUCUGGUCGUCCGCACCACACAAGCCAAUUGUCAUCUUGGAUGAAGUCAGCUCUUCGUUAGACUCAGAAACAGAGUCUAUUCUGAUAGAUAUCCUUCGGGAUGAUCUCCGAGAUUACACUGUUGUGAUUAUUGCACAUCGUGUUGCUGGUAUCAUGGGCGCUAUGAGACCUGGGGUUGAUGCAAUUGCCACCAUGCAAGAUGGCAGGCUGCAGACUGUGUCUAUUAUCGACAGCUCUGAUUGA